AUGCCCCCGCGCAGACGGGCCCCUCCUGCGGGGACUCGAACAGAGCUCCCGCCGCUGAAGAUCGUGCGCAAGAUCUUUCUCUUGCAAACUGCCUACUAUGCCUCCGCUACGGCAUUGAUUUUGUUCACGACCCUGGUCUACGGAACGGGGUUCUCGCUCGAUCUGGUCUUCAGCUGGGAUGCCUUGAGAGGCGACACGACAAUCGGAUGGAUGUUGGGGCUGGUAUGGAUGUUGAAUAGUUUCCUUGGUGUCAUUUCCCUGCUUCUCCUCGUCUCCCGCUCCAAACUCAUCCCCGACUUCGCCCUAACCAUCCACUUCAUCCAUCUCCUCGCAACAUCCUUCUACACCCACUCGAUACCCCGCAACUUGCUCUGGUGGGGGCUACAGUGCGCCAGCGCCGCCCUCAUGACCUUUCUGGGCAUCUGGGCCUGCCAAUGGCGCGAGCUCCGCCCCAUCACCUUUGGCAUAGCAGGCGGUAGGAGCACCGCAUCGUCCUCGGCACCACCCCAACCCCAGGCCGAGGAAGCAGAGGCGUUCCUCCCGUCGUCGUCACGUGGCCGAGGCCGAGGGCGUAAUAUGGGCGAAGGUAGCGGUGAGUACGAAAUGGCGGAUAUGAAGAGUGUUGAGCGGGUCGUAUAA